AUGAUCAACAGGACGGGAUAUAUUAUUCUGGCGGUGCUGUUCGCGCUGUCGAUUGGUGAUAUUUUUGAAAGGUAGGCGGUUUUUCGAACUUUUUAUUUUUUUCCAAACAGUUUGAAUAAUUAAUUCUGAAAAAAAUCGAUAUUUUUUUAAACCUAAAAAAAUCUAAUGAAAGGCAAUUUUUUUGCUUUCCAUCUUUCUUGCUCACGGUUUCGCUCUCUGCACCCUCUAGCCUUAGAAGAUGAUUUUUUUCCCUCAAAAUCUCAGUUCCGAACUAUCCAGUGCGAAAUUGUGGUCCAGCUCUGUAAAAUUCACUUUUCAAGCAAAAAUACCUGCAAAUAAAAGUUACUAUCAACUUUCCGGAAAAACCAUAAGGGGGACAUUUCUAAAAACUAUAUCGCUGUGAAAAAAUUAAUCACCUCCAUUCUUCAUACAGAAGAUCCUCACAACGAAGACGCCCACGACGACGACUUCCGGAAAGAAUUCGGGGAUGAAGAAAUUCACGACGACGAUUCCACUAGAUUCAGGUACCUUCUUAUUCUGGAAAUGUUUGAUGAAAUCAAAAUUUUCCAGCGAGGGAACUUCCGACGAUCACAUUGAAGUGCGCGAGCAGUCAGCUUUCGUUCGGCCAAAGUCUCUGGGUGCUGCUGAUUUGCCGCCUCUCCGGUUCUUAUACUGGUGAAUAUUUUUAUGAAUUCCAGUAAAAAACGUCCCUGCAUCCUAAUUAAUCAACUAUCUAUCCUCCUUUAUGUUUUUCAGUUUUUUAAAGUUUCAACAAUAAGUCGCAACCUUUUUUUGAUGCAGAAACUUUAACCACGAAGAUUCUUAAAAAUAUUAUCAAUAGUUUAAACUUCAGCGUUUCGUGUGGCUACAAGCAAGCAUUUGACCAGUUCUCUUCCUUCGUCAAGGAAAAGUAUCCAGACAUGCAGAUCGAAGGAGCAAACUACCCUCCAGCCGGCUACAAGGCUUAUCUUGCUCAGGUUUUCAUCCUAUUCAUUUUUUCUUGAAUUCCAUUAUUUUUCAGGCUUUGAAUAUAGUCAAAAUGGCCAUGUUUGCUGUCAUCCUGACCGGAUCCAAUCCUUUUGCCACUUUCGGCUUCGGUUAUCCUGCGUUCCUUCAGUAUUUGCACGGAAACAAAGUAAAUUUUUUCUGAAAAUUUCGAGGGAAGAAAAUGCGAAAAGUUGUGAAAACUUGUGGAAUACCACAAUGUUCCAAAAAUGUUUCUUAGAGGUUACAAAGAUGUUGUGAAGUUUUUAAAAAAAUAAUGUGGUGCCAGAAUGGAAAUAUUAAAAAAAAAGUUGAUCAAAAAAAUUUUUAAAAAAAUGUUUGGCGUUGCUUUUUUUCAAUCUGAUUUAGAGGGAUAUUUUUGAACUAUUUACGUAGUAAGCUCAAAUUCUUUUGGGUUGCGUAGUAAUUAAAAAAAGCCAAAAGACCGGGAAUCCGAUAUUAUUUUUCUCAUUGUACUGCGCUAUCAGUAUGUCUUUGUUUAAAAAGGUACAUACUAUUUUUUUAAAAAUUCUUUUUAACGGUUUUUAACAAAAAAAUUCAAGACAAAGUCAUUCUGAAUCAACUACAUUUUCAUAUGGGCUCAUACAAAGAUUAAAAAAAUUUCAGAACUUGAAAAGAAGGUCGGCUGAAAAACGGCUAAAUGAUAAAGUUCGUGAUAAAACAGCGUUACAAAAAUCGGAAUGUUCACGGCUUUAUUGCCCCAAUAAAAUUUUUACUACCAAUAACGUCACAAUCAAAAGUAAUGCUACAUUUAAAAACAAGGCUCUUUUCAAUACUCUUUUUGUCCCAGUUGGAUAUUCUAAAAUUGAUUUUCAGUUCUCGAUGUGCAUGUUCGUGUUCAUGCUCGGAAACCUCGUGGAAGGCUCCCUCAUGUCUACCGGCGCUUUCGAGAUCUACCUGGGCAACGAACAAAUCUGGAGCAAGCUUGACAGCGGCCGUGUCCCGAGCGCUCCGGAGCUCAUCCAGCUCAUCGACGCUCAGCUCGGUCUCAUCGGCAAAGGCAAGGGCGAGGAGAGCUUCGGCGAUUUUUCCGCUCGCACCUAG